AAAUUGUUGACACAGACUGAGCUGGUUAAAAUGAAAAAACCCUCACAACAGUUAACAUUCAAUGAAAUUAUUCUUUUUGUCGAUAGCACAUUUCGCUUGAAGUUCGUCCAAGCAGUUGAGAGGAAAAAACUUCAAGAGAGAAUGAAAGAUCGUGGAUAGUUUCCAAGCACAAAACCUUACGAAAUCAUGUCGAGGCUGCAGUUAGCCCUUACCUAUUUCUUUUGGUCCUUAGUUGAAGCUGAUGUUCAAACAACUUCAGUAUCCGUUUCUGCUCAUAACACAGUUUAUUCAUCAAAAAAUGGUCUUUCAUCGUCAGUCAUUAACCCCUCGCCUGUUGGCCGUCACUACACUUCGACUAUCGGUACGACAAUUAACCCAACGAAGGCGCCACAGAACGGAUGUGCAAGUGAGCAGAUUAGCAGCUUUUCUAUUUGUUGGGUCGAUUAUCCGCCGUACCUCAUGAAAGACGAAGAAGGAAACAUGACAGGCGUUUUUCAUGAUGCAUUUAAAGACAUAAUCAAUAAAUGCUGCAGAUGCUGCGGAAUAAACUCUAGCAAUUCGUUAAACUACAGCCGCGAAGCAAUGAAUUUCACGGAACUAAGUGAAUGUAUGAAGUCUGAUGAAAUAGACUUUGUCUUUCCUGUCCUUGGUAAACACGUUAAAAGAAAUCCAUACAAUAAAGCUCGUUUCCAGGAACUUUUUCCAUCGCCGGGUAUAGCAGUGUCCAAGAACCGAACACACCUUGAACAAGGGGCAAAAUGGAAUGUUAUACAUGAAUUCUUCCAAACCUGGACGGUGCUUGUGCUUACUCUUCUUUUAAACGCAAUAUUUGGAAUUCUAAUCUGGGCACUGGAUUUUAGAUCCAACCCAAAGGAAUUUCCACCAAGUUUCUGUCGUGGCUCUUUAGAAGGGAUAUGGUGGGCAUUCGUCACUAUGACAACCGUUGGGUAUGGAGAUAAAGCCCCUAAGUUCUUGUUAGCCCGUGUUCUAAGUGUAGUGUGGAUGUUUAUGGGCGUUGCUGUCAUGGCCUACCUAACUGCGAUAAUGACAACCGCUCUGACAUCUGGAACUGUUAAAGACCACAAAGUCAUCGUCAACAAAAAGCUUGGUGUAUUAGCUGGCAGUCAAGGCCAUUCAGAAGGGAUCAAGCAAGGGGCUAUCGUUGAGCAGUACAACGAUCUUGAAGCACUUUCUGCGGGUCUCUCUAACAAUGAAGUUGAGGGUAUACUGUUGGAUGUGUUUACUACCAACUACCUUUCCAACAAACACCCAAAGUACUCAGAUAUUUUGGAACAAGUCAGAAUUCUCGAAUUUCCUUUCUCAAUCGGAAUCUACAUGGUGCACCUGUUGGACGAAGGCCACAUCCCGCUACACUACUGCAUCAAAACAGAAAGUGAAACAAAGAUUGAACUGGACAUUUACCCGGCUGUGUUAAAAUAUAUCAGAGCUUCAACAAUUCAAGACACUGAAUCGACCUGGUGGGGUACACGUUUAAACCUGUUUGGCGCAAGCCAAGUGGCUUUCCAGAAGACUCUGUAUAUCUUGUUGAGUAUCCUAGCUGCUUUGAUUGCCAUGGGCUUGUUAUGGGAACUGUUUUCCAGACAGAAAAGGCGUACACUCAAGUUGCGCGAAAAAGUAAAUAAAGAAGAUGCUAAGGAAGAAAACUGGAAACAAGAUACGUUGAUGAAGAGCGGUGACUUUCAACGCAUGAUGGACCGAAUCUCUGAUGUUGAAAAAUGUCUUGCAAAGAUUUCUGAGUUAAAAGCGGCUUACAACAGAAUGGAUGGCUAUUCAAGUUACAAGGAGAAAUAUAAAGCAACGCGAGAAAUUAGCACCUACGAAAAUUCUGCAUACAAAACUUCGCUAGAAAUGACCACCCCGGGCCCGAAACACUGACACUGGAGUAAAUGAUUGUAUUGUGUUCCGUCAAGAUAUAAAUUGUAGCCAAUCGGUAAUGUGACAUGCUGCGCAAUAGACUCUUAACAACUGUUUUCUUCAAAAAAAAAUGUGAUAUGUUGUAGUGGUACGGCGGUGGCGGCGGCGGCGGCGACGACGACGACGAUGCUGCUGCUGCUGCUGCUGCUGAUGAUGAUGAUGAUGACUGUAUUGGAUGGGCUUGAAAAGGAUUAGUGAAUUAUACAUAAAGAAGAAGAGGCAGAGAGAAAAGCCAAGACAAGAGUAUAAAUAAGUGAAUUGUGUUAUAAAGAAGUAGUAUGUUCCAUGCUUCUACAUAGUUUCGAGUUACCUGAAAGCACGAAUAAAGCUUCUGCAAGUUGUGGAGAAUUCAA